UCGAUUUGAUAUCUACAAAGCUGGACAUUCCCAGUUUCAGCAGAAGAGGAGAGAGAAAGCUCGCAUCCCAGACUCAUCCCGGUCGAAUUGCCGACAGCCUGUGAAAGAGGCUUCAACGAAGAUGGCAAAAUCGCCAGCACCUGCUUUUCAGUUGCACAAAUGAAAGCCGCGCCUGAGAAAAACCCAUGCGGAGACCUCUCGGUGGGUUGCACAUGGCUCUGGAACGAGCGGAGAAGGCGAAGGAGGAGGUGGGGCCAUCUUUUCCGACUGAUGCUGCGAUUCGAAGCGCUUCAUCCUUAUAAGAAGAGAUGCUAAUCCAGAACUCCAAUGUUUCUCCCCCUCCCCGAGACGUGGCGAACCGGAGAGUGAUCCGAUAGCGGAUUUGAAUGUGAGGAGUCGCAUCCUUGCUCCUUGGGGGAAAAACAAAACAAAACACCACCCUUUUGCUUUUCGGUGCGAAGCGAGGCGUAGAGACUGCCUGGAGUUAAAAUGCCAGCUAAAGGCAAAUACUUUUUUAAUGAAAGCGAAGGUUGCAAGUUGUCAGAUCCCUUAUAUGAGAAGUAUCUUUAUGCAAGUCAACAACACCCACUGCUCUUCUUCCUGCUCUUCAUUGUGGUCGCCUAUUGCUCAACACUUAUCGUAGUGCUCGUCUCUUACGAUAAAAACGCCGGCGAACACCUGGCCUUCAUUGUCACUGUGAGCGUUGCUCUCAUCAUCUUCAUCAUCAUGUAUGUUUUAGUUUACGUCGAAUAUUACUUUUGGUGCCAGCUGAAGCUCUUUGCGGGCGUGAUCUGGAUCAGCUUGCUGGCCAUUGGAUAUGUGUCCAUUUUCGACAAUUCGAAACCUGCUGGAUGGGAACAGGUUCCAUUUUUCCUGUUCAUCAUCUUCACCACAUACACCAUGUUGCCCUUGGCUAUGAGAGACGCUGUCAUAGUUAGCUCCUUUUCGGCCGUCUCUCAUAUUAUCGUCCUCAGCGUUACAGCAGACUCACAGAAUCAACACACCUUGCUCCUUCAGCUGGUGGCGAAUGCUUUCAUUUUCCUUUGUGGCAAUUUGCUGGGGGCGUACCACAAGCAUCAAGUGCAAGACGCCUCCUGGGAUCUGUACCGCUAUACCUUAAAAUGCAUCCAAGUCCAGAUGAAAUUGAAAAUUGAAAAAAGGCAACAGGAAAGCUUGCUUCUGUCAAUCCUGCCAGCUCACAUAUCUAUGGGAAUGAAACUUGCCAUCAUCGAGCGUCUAAAAGAAACCAACGAUAUGAAAAAGCAUGAUAAUAAUUUCCACAACCUGUAUGUGAAACGGCACCAGAAUGUCAGUAUCCUGUAUGCAGACAUCGUAGGAUUCACUCGCUUGGCAAGUGACUGUUCUCCAAAGGAGCUAGUGGUAAUGUUGAAUGAACUCUUUGGGAAAUUUGACCAGAUUGCAAAGGAAAAUGAAUGCAUGAGGAUCAAAAUAUUGGGAGACUGUUAUUAUUGCGUCUCGGGCUUACCUGUGUCCUUGCCGAUACAUGCCAAAAACUGUGUGAAAAUGGGCCUCGACAUGUGUGAAGCGAUAAAGCAAGUAAGGGAAGCCACGGGGGUGGACAUCAAUAUGCGAGUUGGCAUUCAUUCCGGAAACGUACUUUGUGGGGUGAUCGGACUUCGGAAAUGGCAGUACGAUGUGUGGUCUCAUGAUGUCUCCUUAGCCAACCGCAUGGAAUCUGCCGGCAUCCCUGGCCGCGUGCACAUCACGGAAGCAACACUGAAUCAUCUGGGCAAAGCUUAUGAGGUGGAAGAAGGCAACGGGCACCUCCGGGAUCCCUAUCUUGAAUCCAUGAAUAUCAAGACUUAUUUGGUGAUUGACCCCAGGUCAAAACAGCGUGCCACCAACAAUCAUUUCCCUCAAUCCAGAGUGCAGGAUGGCUUGAAGAUGAGGGCCUCUGUACGGAUGUCACGAUACCUGGAAUCUUGGGGAGCAGCUCGUCCUUUUUCCCACCUGAACCACCGAGAGAGUGUGAGCAGCGACACUUCUGCGCCCAACCGCAGGCGCAGGAAG